AUGGAUGAUUCGUUGCUAUCGGUCCGUCUCGCAUCUUCAUCCAUCAUUAUCACGCCUGAUACGAGCAUUUCUGAAGGGGGUUCAAAUUUUCCAACAGAGAAUGAAGAAGACAACUUUGAUGCGAAGAAAAAUUCUUCCUUGCCCGUUGUUUUGCGUACGAGAUUAGUUCAAGGAUGAACACGAGGGACAUUCGGACAUAAUCAUCGUAAAGAAAAAGUCGGUCGGUGCGCCAUCCUAAUGAUGAUGACGGGACGGUGGUCAGUGAGGGGUGACGACGGUGACGGUGACGGCCGAGGCCGCUGUUGGUGACUGACGGAGAAGAAGAAGAAGAAGACGAAGAACAGGGGCCUGGAUCGGGCACGCGCGCAAAUCGACAUGAUCCGAGCAGGCAAGAGUCAGUGAAGGAAGGGGACCGAGGGUAAGGAGGAGAUCCCGCGGUGUUGGGCUGCGCUGCAACAAGCGCGACGGCGGCCAAUGGGGUGGUCCGCGCGUGCUGCGUGUUGAACUGGGACGUGCUGGUCACGGUUCGUACGCAACGUACGAUUUUUUUUUCUCUCCCUCUUUUGCUGAUUGUCGGCGGAUUCCACGUUGCCUCAUUCGCAUUCCUUGGGCAUGUUUGGGAAUACGAAA